CGGUCCCGCUCUUGCAACACCACCCCGCCACUCUCCCCACCCCUCCUACCUCCUCUCUUCUCGCAGCUUUAAUUUUCUCCGAGUUUUCCGAACUCUGGCUCCUGGUCGGGUCUACUGGGUUCGAGGUCCUGGAGGGCCGUACCCUGAUCUCUAUCUACCCUCGACUUUCAGCUACUCCAAACCGAGGCCCGGGCUGCCAUCGCCCGGGCCACCUGCUCCGAUCGGCUUACUUCAUUCACCAGCGUUGCCAACUGCUGCACUGUCCCCAGCCCCAAUGGGGGAGUGAGAGGCCACUGCCGGCCGGACAUGGGUCUCCCCACCGUGCCUGGCCUGCUGCUGUCACUGGUGCUCCUGGCUCUUCUGGUGGGGAUACACCCCUCAGGGGUCACUGGGCUGGUCCCUUCCCUUGGGGAAAGGGAGAAGAGGGAUAAUUUGUGUCCCCAGGGAAAGUACGCCCACCCUCUGAAUAACUCCAUCUGUUGUAUCAAGUGCCACAAAGGAACCUACUUGGCGAAUGACUGUCCAGACCAAGGGAAGGAAACAGACUGCAGGGUGUGUGAUAAAGGCACCUUUACUGCUUCCCAGAACCACGUCAGACAAUGCCUCAGUUGCAAGACAUGUCGGAAAGAAAUGUCCCAGGUGGAGAUUUCUCCUUGCAGAGUGGACAGGGACACUGUGUGUGGCUGUAGGGAGAACCAAUUCCAGCAAUACUUCGGUGACAAUCACUUCCGAUGCGUGGACUGCAGCCCUUGCAUCAAUGGCACCGUGAAGAUCCCCUGUCAACAGAGUCAGGACACCGUGUGUAACUGCCAUGCAGGAUUCUUCCAAAGUGGAAGUGAGUGUGUCUCUUGCAGUAGCUGCAGAAAAGAUCAGGAUUGUUUGAACUCGUGCCCACCCUCAACUGGAAAUGUCACAAACCCCCAGGACCCAGGUACCGCAGUGCUAUUGCCCCUGGUUAUCUUCCUGGGCCUUUGCCUUUUAUCCUUCAUAUUCAUCAGUUUAAUGUGCCGAUAUCCCCGGUGGAAGCCCAAGGUCUACUCCAUCAUUUGUGGGAAUUCAGUACCUGACAAAGAGGCGGAGGUGGAAGGAAUUGUUACUAAGCCCCUAACUCCAGCCCCUGCCCCAGUCCCAGCCUUCAGCCCCACCCCUGGCUUCAACCCCACGCUGGACUUCUGUUCCACCCCCGGCUUCUGUCCUGUCUCCAAUACACCCAUCACCCCGGGCCUCCCCUUCGACCCUAGUAACUGGUCCAACUUCAGAGUCCUGCCACCUCUAAGGGAGGCAGAACCAAUCCAGGGAGCUGACCCUCUUCUCUACGCAUCCCUCGCCUCCGGGCCGGUCCCCACCUCUGUUAAGAAAUGGGAAGACUGCGCCCACCCGCAGCGACCUGACACUGCAGACCCUGCGACGCUGUAUGCGGUGGUGGAUGGCGUGCCUCCCUCGCGCUGGAAGGAGUUCAUGCGGCUCCUGGGGCUGAGCGAGCACGAGAUGGAGCGGCUGGAGCUGCAGAACGGGCGCUACGUGCGCGAGGCUCAGUACAGCAUGCUGGAAGCCUGGCGGCGGCGUACGCCUCGCCACGAAGCCACGCUGGAGGUCCUGGGCCAGGUGCUUUGCAACAUGAACCUAAAGGGCUGCCUGGAGAACAUCUACGAGACUCUGGGAAGCACCGCCUCCUUCUCAUCUGCGCCCUGCCUCCCUCGAUGAGGCCACACCCCCGCCUCAAGGGAGGGACUUAAAGCUAGCCAGAAGCUCUGCUGCCCUGUGCGCCUCCUCUUUGGAUGAAAAGGAGCGAAGGGCAUUGAAAAGGCAGACUCGAGCUAGCAGCCUCUUCCUUGGUGCUACCCACUUGGUGUACAUAGCUUUUCUCAGCUAACGAGGACUGCCCCAGAGCCAGCCACUUGUGCCGGGCAGCAAUAUGUGUCAUUUGUCUGCUCCCAGCAGGCUAAGGGUGCCAAAAGCCGUAACAGGUGAUUGUAGAGGAAAGGGACACUAUAUCUCAUGCCCACUUGGGAUGCACAGGACCCAAGCAAGGCUUCUCGGGACCUCCCCAGUUAGUUCCUGAGCCUUUUUUACAGCAGGUAAGCAAUAUUUGAAUCAAUUAUAUCACACUAAUGGAAA